UCCCCUGCAUCUGAAGCGUCCGUUUUGGCGGUUUUAUUGCGCCGAUCAAGGGUCCCGCGUCGUAGCCUUCUCGAUCCUGUCCGUUGUUUUGCCUUCACCGAUAAUCAACCCCUGGGGAAUCUUCUCAUCUGUCCCCAUGCUUUGCGGCGAGGCAAUUCCUCCUCGGGACACGUGCUAGAGCUUCUAAAGUACUUCACCUAGCCAUGGGGCAAAAUGCAGAUGAACAACGCUCCCACCACAAGACAAUUGUGUGUGCCGAUCAUAUUAACAGCGAGCCGGCUCCGAUGAACAUAGAAGGGGUCGAACGAAGCAAGCCUGAGGUCCAUGUAUUCAACGAACAGACAAACUAUGUCCCCGUCAAGACAGUCGUCACUGUAAGUGUGCGGGGAUAUAAGGGGAUCAACCUGCUACCAAGCCUAGGUGUACUAACUGGUUGGGAGAUAUUCCUUGCCUGCGCUAGCGUCGACCUCGUCGCCCUCAUGGAUCAAACCACACUAGCCGCAAGCUUAUACAUCAUCAGCGACGCGCUGGAGGCAAGCAACCAAGCAUCCUGGAUAGCCAGCGGGUACUUCAUCACCUCCACUGUUGGCCAGCUUCUCUAUGGAUGUCACACGGGGAUGGAACCCUGCGCCAAUAGAUCAGGCCAUAAAGAUAAGCUUCGGAUAGCCUCGGUAUUAAGGUAUAAAGGUAUAAAGGUAUAAGAGUACUUCCGGGAUUAUAUUAAGACGAAAAGGAAACGCGGAACUUGGAAGAAGAUAAGGACCUAAGAGACCUCCUAUAGAAUUAUUAGUUAAAUUAAACCUAUUUUAAGUAUAUCCCCUU